AUGACCGCCACUCAAUAUCCCACCUCGCCAUCCAAACAACAAUAUGACGUGGUCAUCAUCGGAGGUGCCACGAGCGGUGCGUCGAUUGCAUGGCACCUUGUCCAAAAUCAUGACUUCCAAGGCUCAGUUCUGGUAGUCGAACGUAACCCAUCCCUUCAGUACUCCGCCACGAAAGCCAGCAACAACUGCAUGCGUCAGCAAUUCGCAACCAAGAUCAAUGUGGAAAUCGCUCAAUAUGCUGCCGACUUUGUUCGCGAGCAUGGCGACAAGUUUCGUCCCGAUCCUUGCGUUCCCAACCCUCCUAUUCGCGAUUUCGGCUACCUUUACCUAUCCGACUCGCCCGAGUUCACCGACGUAUUGCGGAAGGAUCAGCAGUUGCAAGCCAGCUGCAACGCAGGCACUACUAUGAUUUCGGCUGCAGACAUCAAGAAGAGGUAUCCCUGGUUCUAUAUCGAUGAUCUCCAUUCCGGAAGCCUAAAUACUAAGGAUGAGGGCUGUUUCAACGCUUUCGGCAUGGUUGAAUGGUUGCGAAAGACUGCCUGUGAGAAGCAUGUUGAGUAUGUGAGCAACGAAGUGGUUGACAUGGCCGUUGAGCAAGAUCAAGUCAGCACCAUCACCCUGCGCAGUGGUGAGAAGAUUGUGGUCAAAAACGUGGUCAACGCUGCAGGUACCCGUGCGGCACAGGUCGCUAAGCUCGCUGGUAUUCAAGUUCCAAUUGAGGCUCGUCGACGGUACACAUAUAUAUUCGAGGUGGACGAGCCACUAGAUAAGGAUCUGCCCUUAACCAUCGACCCCACGGGUGUUCAUUUCCGCUCCUAUGCUGCAAAGGAUUACCUCGUUGGUUGCCCACCCAUGGGUCCCGACAAUGCCGUGGACGUAGAUGAUUUCAGCUUUGCCGAGGAUGCUUGGAGCAACAAGAUCUUUCCUAUUAUUUCUCGUCGCAUCCCUCAGUUCAAGUCCGCUCGUGUCACUGAUAAGUGGAUGGGGCAUUAUGAGUUCCACACCUUCGACCACAAUGCCAUUGUUGGUCCUCACAACAUCAUUAGCAACUUCUUCUUCUGUGCUGGAUUCUCAGGACAUGGGAGCCAGCAAGCACCUGCUUGUGGGCGGGCAGUUGCUGAGUUGAUUGUGCAUGGCCAGUUCAAGACCCUGGACCUGGGUGUUUUGUCUUAUGCUCGCAUUCCUGAAGGUCGGCCACUGACCGAGCGCGCAGUUAUCUAG